CUCACCAUGUCGUCCAACGAUACGAAGAUCUCCGAGUUCAACGAUCACGAACAGAACGUAUCUGGCUUCGACCGGGACGAACUGCAGCUGUGUCCUGAUACGUGCCACCAGCAACUGCACCGUAGCUGGAGUCUCAUAGAGAGCUUCGCGGCGAGCUUCUGUGCUCUGAAUUUUGUCGGCGGUGUCCGUUCUGCGUUCUUUCUCGGACUUUUGGCGGGAGGCCCUGCAGCUCUAUGGUCCUCAUAUAUCAUCACUAUCAUCUUCAUGCUUAUCACAGCCGCCGUACUUGCCGAAAUCUGCUCCGCGCUUCCGCUCAGUGGCUCCAUCUACAUCUGGGCGGCUGAAAGCGCGGGUCCCAAGUAUGCUCGCUUCUUUGGCUUCAUCGUUGCUUGGUGGUCGUGCACUGCAUGGUCUUCCUUUGUUGCGGGGAACUGUCAGACCACUGCAAACUAUGUUGUCUCUCAGCUCGCUGUGUGGGAAGUCGAGUUUCCAGGAGGCACAUUCAACGAUAACAUCAAGUGGAGGGCCUUCGUCUGGGCGAUUUCUGAGGCUUUGCUUGUCAUUUCGGUGGCCAUCAACUACUUGCCUCCCAAGUGGUAUUCAGGCAUCUUCCGAUUUUCGGUCGCGUUGAUCAUGGUGGACUUUCUCUUGUGCUUGAUCUGGCUCCCGAUUGGAGUCUCGAAAACCUAUGGGUUCCGGACAGCCCAGGAAGUGUUCACGUCCACCUACAAUGGAACUGGCGCCCCCGCUGGAUGGAAUUGGAUACUAUCCUUUACUGUGGCGGGCAAGGGCAUCCUAACCAGCGCUUUCGCCACUGCUAUAUUUGGUUUCGCGACAGCCAUCCUCUUCUUGUUUUGCACUCCCGAUCUAGAUACCCUCUUUGCACUGCAGGCUCCACAGCCGUUUGUCCAGAUCUAUGCGCUUGCCCUCGGCAAAGGAGGCAGUGUUUUCAUGACCAUCAUUGCUGUCAUUGGUCUUAUUUUGAACACCAGCGUCGCUAUUGUCGCUGCCUCGCGGCUGAUUUUUGCAGUCGCCAGGGACGGGGUGCUGCCUAUGUCGCGCUGGAUCAGCCAAGUCACCCACGACGGUCAACCCCGGAACGCCGUCACGUUGAUCUUUGUCUUCGCGGCACUGCUGCUCUGCACAAUCCUACCCAGUCAGGUCGCGUUCACCAGUCUGGUCAGCGCAGGGGGUGUGCCAACGAUCGCCGCCUACGGACUGAUAGCACUUUUGCGUCUCACAAUGACCCCCAAUGAUUUUCAAUCUCCGCACUUCCGACUGGGGUCGUUCGCCAAACCUUUUUACGCGAGCGCGGUCGUCUUCAAUGCUCUGAUAUUCGCUGUGAUGAUCUCACCGUUUUAUUUCCCGGUGACCGGCGACUCAUUCAACUUUGCGGUCGUCAUUUUUGGGGCGGUCACCUUGUUUGGGAUAGCGAGUUGGUACUGGAUUCCGGAGGACAAGUGGCUUCGUCGCGAGGUUGUGCUCCAAGUCAUGAAUGCUGCCGAGUAG